AUGUUUAAAAUUUGCUUUAUUUUCUUCAGAAAUCCGAAUACGAAUCUUCCAAUUUUUACUGUGGUUGACAAUCAAUCAAAAAUUGUUGAUAAAAAUUAUAAUUUUGAUUCGCUUUUUAUCGAAAUAUCUGAUCCACGUCGUUUUCCUGGGAAUGUCUUCCAUAUCACCAAGCAUUACAAUUUGCGGACUAAUAUAUUUGCCAAUGUAGCGGAUUUACUUGAACGAGGCUUUAAAAAUGUUGCAGUAGCUGGUGAUGUAUAUUCCCGCGGUGUUCGAAAUAUGGUAAGUUAA